UUGAUACUUAUCGAUCGAUAUUACGAUAUGACAUAACACGUGAUGUGUCCGUUGAACAGGCAUUUACAUCGAAAGAGAAGAUGAGCUUUUGUUUUUGUUUACAUUCGGCUCGCAAAAGAAUGCGCUUCCGAGAAUAUCAAGCAGCGGAUUUUCGCCGGCGAUUUUCUCAUCGGUAUAUACUCAAGAGUGCAACGUAAUCUGGUCUGGCGACUGAGAGAAGAAAAAACCCAACGAAUACUUGUACAGUGCGACGCUACUAAUCCCAGAGCACACGCCGGAGCUGCGUGCAAGAAGGGCUCCGCAGUUGCAGAGCUACAUGUUAUAUUGUAUACCUGCGAGAGGAUAAGUAAGCAAUCGCUUGUUGGCGCGACCGUUUCACUGGGUUUUCCCCGGGCGAGUAAUAGGUACUUAGAGAGAAAAGGGUCGGGAAAUUUUGGAUAUACUUGUUGGGCGCGCUUCUGGCUGCAAAUUGCGCGGAGACUGCGCACGGCACACUUUAAAACGUCGCGUUGAUUGAUGGAACUGGAUCUGCGAUUUUGAUGAGCAUACUGCCGGUUUUGGCAGCUCCGAAUCAGGUGGUGUAUCGAGAAUGCUGCGAAAGCUUUUAGUUUUCGCCCUAGUGGCGGUGAGCCUCGCGGCCGCGAGCUUCGAGCACGCGAAGUACGACAUGGAGCACACGAAGUACGACAUGAAGAUGACUGACAAAAACAUGCUCAUGAAGCAGAAAAAAAUUUUCGAUCUACUCAUGUACAUCAACAACCAAGUCCUCACUGACGCUGAGUGGUUCGAGAUGGGACGCAAUUAUGACAUAAUGUCCAAUAUCGAUUACUACACGAAGAAAGAGGUAGUAAUGGACUUCAUGGCCCACUACAAAUUCGGCAUGUUGCGCAAGGAUAGCAUCUUCACGUACUACAACCAGGAGCACCGUGAAGAAAUGAUGACGCUCUACAAGCUCUUCUACUUCGCCAAGGACUUCAACACCUUCUACAAGACUGCUUGUUGGGCUCGUAUCCACAUGAACACCGGGCUCUUCACAACUGCCUUCACCACUGCUGUGCUCUACCGCGAUGACACUAAAUUCAUCCGUCUGCCAGCCAUCUACGAAAUGUACCCUAACAUGUUUUUCGACUCAAAGGUGGUUCGCGACGCUCAACGCAUCAUGAUGACCCACGGAAAGACCCAUCUCGGUCACGAAAUGAUGGGCAUGAAGAAAACCGAUGACAUGAACCACGUAGAAACCUUCUAUCUGUACUCUAACUUCACCGAAGUCUGCUUGAACCCCAUGCACAACUACGAAAACAAAAUGAUGUACUUCAUGGAAGACAUCGGCCUGAACGCUUUCUACUACUACUACCGCAUGAUGUUCCCCUUCUGGAUGAGCACCAAGGAAUACAGUGUUCCCCAGAACAUCCGUGGUGAACUGUACUACUACUUCCACCAACAGCUGAUGGCCAGGUACUAUCUUGAAAGAUUCUCCAACGGACUCGGCGAAAUCGAAGACUUCAGCUGGGACUCGAUGAGACUGCCUGGCUUCUACUCCGACUACAUGUUCAACAACGGCGUUUCCAUGCCCAGACGCGAUUGGUGGAACGUGGUUCCAUUCUACAAGUACCGAUACUUGGAGUAUCUCAAGAUGCUGGAAACCCGUAUCAUGGAAGCCAUCGACUCUGGCUUCAUCAUCGACGAGAUGGGUAAACAGGUCAACAUAAUGUGCCCCGAAGGUCUCAACAUCCUGGCUAACAUCAUCGAAGGUAACUACGAUUCCAUGAACAUGAAAUAUUACGGCUCCUACGACGUCCUUUCUCGCCGCGUUCUCGGAAUGAACUACGAUGCCAAGAACAAGGACAUGUAUAUCCCCAGUUCUUUGGAGAACUUCUCAACUAGCAUGAAGGACCCAGCUUUCUACAGAAUCUACAACAAGAUUGUCGGCUUCUUCAUGAAAUACAAAUCCCACCUGAACCGUUACACCAAGAACGAAUUGGAGUUCAGUGGAGUGAAAAUCGAAAACGUCGAGAUCGACAAACUCUACACCUACUUCGACACCAGGGAAUACAUGGUCAACAACCUCAUUGACGUCGCCUCGAUGAAAGAUGGCUUUUCGUUCAACAUGAAGGCUUGGCAGUACCACCUGAACUACAAGCCCUUCACCUACAAGUUCGCCGUCAACAGCGACAAGAGCACCAAAGCCAUCAUGCGUAUCUUCUUGGGACCCGCCAUGGAGGGAUACGACGACUACUCUUUCCUUCUCCACUACUACCAAUACUUCUUCAUGCUCGACGAAUUCGAAUUUAACCUGCACGAGGGAAUGAACAACUUCGAACGCAAGAGCCACGAUGUCGACGGACCCCAGCAUGAAUACAUGACCGGCGAUCGCUUCUACAAAAAGAUGAUGGAUGCCAUGCACAGCAAAGAGGGAAUGCACUUCAACAAGCAGAUGUGGAGCUUCCCCAAGUACAUGACGCUCCCUAAGGGUUCUGUUGACGGAAUGCGCUUCAAGCUUUUCUUCUACAUCAGCUCAUUCGAAGAAGGCAAAGCAAUGGAACUGCCCAUCUUCGGACAACGCAUGUACUACGGCAAACCCUUCAACUUCCCAAUUGACAGACCUAUGUACCCGUGGUUCUUCAGCCUCGGCAACGUAUUCUUCAAGGAUGUCUUCAUUUAUCAUCAACCCGAGCAAGAAAUGAUAGGUUACCACAACAUGAACACGAUGAUGCAUAACUCAAUGCAGGAUUCGAUGUACACCUCAAAGCCCAACAUGAUGCACGACUCGAUGCAGGACUACGGCAAAGUCAUGAGGAUGAACAGAGAUCGCUAUAUGAAAAUGAUGCAAGAUAUCAAGAAACCUAGCAUGAUGGACAUGCCGGAACACAGUAGCAUGACGAUGAAAACCGACUAUACAAUGGAAAGGAUGCGAGACCACAAUAUGAUGCACGUCUAAUUAAUCGACGAUAUUCGUCAAAAUACUUUCUUACCUGUAGAACAUUUUGUACAUUUGUACAAGUAACGACAAAUAAAAUUAUUAUUUAUUUUU